ACGCGCGAAAAAUUAAUCGGCGAGUAGCGAAAAUAUACUAUUUGGCUGCUGUUAUUUGCUCGGAUUGAUAACAAAACCGGUGAGGACCAUGUCUGAGCCAAGUUCGAAAGACACCGUCCUUAAGACGGCAAUGAUUUACGUGUGCGGAGAAUGCCACCACGAGAAUGAAAUGCGUCCGAAGGAUCCGAUCCGUUGUCGGGAGUGCGGGUACCGCAUAAUGUACAAGAAGCGCACGAAACGACUUAUCGUGUUUGACGCCCGAUAAGCCGACGAUGGUGACCGAACUGCUUUGUGUUUUCGGAAAUAUGAGAAGUUCUAUAAAAUAAAUCAACACUUUUUACCACAAUUUGUAUAUUUCGUGUCUCUUUUGCCUUCGCUUUACGGAAUGAUACCGAUGGCAUCUGCGGCUGUAGUCCUUGCCACCCUG